AUGAAUGCAAUGCAGCGCAAAUUCUUGUGCCCGGUUAAAAUAGGACCUUACCAACUCCAAAACGCGGUUGGCCGAGGGGCAUUUGGAACUGUUAAGGUUGCCUAUCGCCCUGAUAAUGGAAAAUAUUACGCUUGCAAAAUCAUUACAAAACAUACAAUUGAUUCAAUGAUAGAUAAAUCAAAGUUUGAAAAGGAAAUUCGUAUUAUGCAGCAACUUCAUAGCCCCAGAAUUGUUCAAUUGUUUGAUUUAUUGAAGGAUACGAUGAAUUACUAUAUCGUGACUGAACUUUGCACUGGCGGUGAUAUGUUCCAACAGAUACUCCAGAAUAAAAAAAUCCCUGAAGAAAGAGCCAAAAUAUAUGCUAAACAGCUCCUUGAAGCAAUUAGCUAUAUCCAUAAACUUAAUGUAUGCCAUAGAGAUUUAAAGCCUGAAAAUAUCCUUUUAGAUAACAACGGAGAUAUCAAACUAUCUGACUUUGGCUUCUCCAAAUUUAUUGACGGGUUAACCCAUACUUCCUGCGGAUCCUAUGUUUAUGCUGCUCCAGAAAUUCUAGAAGGCACAGAUUAUGACCCUAAAAAGUCUGAUAUCUGGGCUGUUGGUGUAAUUAUUUACGCAAUGGUUACCGGACAAUUGCCAUGGACUAAGAGAAACCAACAUGAGCUUUCCAAGCAAAUUAAAGCUUGCCAGUACAAAAUCCCACAAGAUCUAUCCGAAGAAUGCUUAUCUGUAAUUACUGGUAUCCUUCAGAGGGAGCCUGAAGAUCGCCCUUCGGCUGAUGAACUACUUAAGAGCCCAUGGCUUAACAACAUAGUAACAAUGCCUUCGAGCCAAAUUUUACCUAUAAUUUCCUUAAAAAAGGUUGAUGAAUUUUUUGAACUUGAACAAUCCACAUUAGAGAUCCCUUCAGUUGAAAAGAAAGUUUCAUCACGCGGCCUCAAAGAUUUCGACGAAGCUGAUAGAACGAUAUGUAGAAAGCCAAGUUCUGAUCAUCUUUCAGUUAAAUCAUGUCUUUCUAUGUCACAAAACGAGUUUAAAGCCGUUAGAUACGUAGAUCCCAAAGCUUCAUCUGAUAUAAUUGAUAUGAGACAGUAUCAUUUAAGGUCUUCGAAAAAGAGAUUGUUCAAACCUGCAAUAAGAAGCAUUCCAUCUUCAGUAAUUUAA